AUGGUGAGAAAUUAUGUGCGAAAAACACAGAGAGGUGCAACAAAUGAUAGGAUAAAGUCAGCGUUAGAAGCUAUGGAGAUGGACUGCAGUCUGAAAAAUGUUGCAUCAGAAUUUAGUAUUAACAAAAAAACAUUACAACGUCAUCGAGAUGGAAAAGUAAAGGUAGUUGGUGGUUUAUCUCUGGGUGGUAAAUCUCCUGUAUUUAGUAAAGAUUUUGAAUUAAACAUUGUAACACAAGUUCAGAUUAUGGAAAGAGCAUUAUUUGGCUUGACAACAAUAGAUAUACGUUGCUUAGCAUAUGAUUUUGCUAAACAAAUGGGAAUUGAAAAUCCUUUUAAUAAUGAAUCAAAAAUGGCAGGAAAGGAUUGGCUGCAAGGAUUUAUGUCUCCCAACACACAACUUUCUAUUCGAACCCCACAAGCCACCAGUGUAAGCAGAGCUGUUGACUUCAAUAAACCAAAGUUAAAUCAGUUUUUUUCAGUAUACAAGUCUUUAUUUGAGGAACAUAAGUUUUCAGCCAAACAGCUCUGGAAUAUGGAUGAAACUGGAAUAACAAAUGUCCAUAAGCCAGGAAAAAUAAUUGCAACAAAGGGAAAACGACAAGUUUCAAAAAUAACUUGUGGAGAAAGAGGUGCUACUGUGACUGUCGUGUGUGCAAUGAGUGCAAGUGGUGUUUAUGUCCCACCAUUAUUUAUAUUCCCCCAUAAGCGAAUGACUGAUAGGCUGGCUUUUGAUGCACCUUCAGUGUCAACUGUUAGAGUUAGCUCCAGUGGAUGGACAGAUUCAUCUUUAUUCAUCGAAUGGUUAACACAUUUUGUUUCUGUGACUCAUGCAGCUAAAAUAAUGAGCAAUUAA